CAUAAUCUUACCGACGGACAGACGGCCUAGUCCCGUCGAGAGAUAAUCGAAGCCCCCUGUAGAUUAUUUUCGCCGCCCACCGAUCAAAUGGAUGACGUCGUCGGAAACAACCGUAUUCGUAAUCUGAUAGACGGCUUUCACCACCGCGACCUGCGGACCAAGAUCAUCCACUUUCUUAACGGCGUUGGCAAGUUCGCCGUGGACUCUACCAUAUUCACCUCUCUCAAGGCCGUCUCCGGUAAUAAUCAGGUGAAUAAGAUUAGGCAGGGAGGAUUAAAGGACACGCCCCAUUCACCCUCUUUAAAUGAAAAGCAACCAGAAGAGCUUAAGCUAGUGAUGGAUAAGAUGGCGGCAGAGAUGGAAGAAGCAGAGGCAAACAAGAACAAAAUGAAACUACACCAUUGUACAUCUGCAAACAUUGGUGAUGGGUCUGUACCACUGAAGAAGUUGCCAGGGGAAGGUCCCAAAGGAUCAGCCAACGUAAUGCAAAACAAGAAACGGAUCUUCAUCCGUUCCCGACUGUAGACGAUAUCGAGUCCAUUGUUGUAGUAGCAUAGCAAGACUAAUGGAUUCCUUUCUUGCCAAGGUAUAUAAGUUUGGUGAUAGUGUUUGAUGUUAAAAUUAGUUAAUACUUUAUCAUGUCUUUAAAGCUAUGGCAUCCAAUAUUAUCAUGGAUGACGUUCUUAGCAAGUAGAAUACAAACCCCUCUUGUUCCCUCGUGUGUUUUAAGAUUGAUUUGGCUAAUAGCAUGUUGUUUUUGCCAGAAUCUGUA